AUGGAAGCCAAAGAAGUCAGCACGCGUAUCCACGCGCUACAAAAAGCCCUCGCAGAAAAGCAGCCCGCGUCAGUCGUCCUCUCUAUGCUGGAGACUCUGAAGAAAGAAGUCGUGCCGACCGAGGAGCUACUCAGAAACACCAAAGCCGGCAUCAUCAUCUCGAAGCAAAAGACCAACCCUAACAAGGAUGUCGCAAAGCUCGCCUCGGAGAUCGUGCAGAAGUGGAAGCAGAUUGUGCAGUCCGGCCAGUCCAAGAAGAAAAUUUCUAGCACCCCAUCCAACAUACCCGCCAUCUCCUCCCCGCCUAAGAACGCCGCCUCCUCUCCCGCGCACCCCAACGAUGCCAAAGGCUCCUUCAAAGGCGAUAUCACAAAGCGGCGCUGGGAGACGGAGAAGGUGGAUGUCAAGCGCACUGGAACCCCUUCUCGCGACGCCUGCAUCGGCCUCCUGUACAACGGUCUGGCGUUCAUGUCCACCGAGCCCAGCAGCACCAUCAUGGUCCGCGCCAUCGAGGUCGAGAAAGCAGCCUUCGACGCCUUCAAGGGUGACACGCCCGAGUACCGCUCCAAGCUGCGCUCGCUCUUCCAGAAUCUCAAGGCCAUCUCCAACCGCGAGCUCGCGCCUGCAGUCAUGUCCGGCGAGAUCCCACCCGAGAAGUUCGUCGUCAUGUCCCAUGAAGAGCUGAAGAGCAGCGAGCGCAGGAAGGAGGACGAGAAGCUGCAGAAGGACAACAUGAAGAAGGCCCAGGUGCCCAUGGCCGAGAAGAGUAUCAGCGAUGCGCUCAAGUGCGGGAAGUGCGGCCAGAAGAAGGUCAGCUACAGCCAGGCCCAGACGCGGAGUGCCGACGAGCCUAUGACGACCUUUUGCGAGUGCACGGUGUGCGGAAACCGCUGGAAGUUCUCUUGA